GGUUUCAGUCGUUAGGCAACUGUAUUGUUUAUAAGGGUGGGAUACGGACUUUGGGUGGCCCUCGACUGGGAUGCGCACGUAGCUCAGUAGCUCGUCCUAGACAACUCCUAAACUCCUUUUUUCAGUUACUCUUUCGACCAACACUGAUAACACAUCGCAGCAUAAUGUCUCAAGGAAAGCCCGGAGGCAAACGGGAAGGCGAGAGUAUGUCGCCGUUAAAGAAAAAACCAAGAUAAUGUGUGAAAUGGCCAAAGACCUCGAGUCCUCUCACAAAGCUAUCCGGAGCAACACGGCUAAGUUUGACGCGCUGCAGACUACGGUGAGAGCUAGCAAGCAACAAACUAAUGAUCUUCAGCAUCAAAUUAGUGAACUCACCUCAAAGAUCACUCAGAUGGAGGACCAUAGCCGGAGGUCCAACAUGAGACUGGUCGGGCUGAAGGAAGGGGAGGACGCCAUUGGUUUUCUGAGCAAACUUGCCGAAGUGGAUACCUUCAUUGGGAGAACUUUACAGCAGAGUUAGCACAGAUACUAACCGGCCUCGCAUGCUGAUCUUCAAGCUACUGGACUUCUGUGAUCGUCAAGCCCUUCUGAAGGGAGCUAGAGCUCAGCCCGUUAAGCAUAAAACGCAAACCUUGCUGUUCUUCCCGGAUUACAGCAGAGAAACGACGAGCAAACGGAAGGCGUUCGCCCCAGUCCACAAGAGGAUGAUUUCGCUUGGGCUCCAGCCGUUCCUGCUUUACCCGGCCCAGCUGAAAAUCACCUAUCGUGGGCACGCUGUCAACUUUGGGACGCCACACGAAGCCGAGGAGUUUCUCCAAAACACCUUUCAACCUCCACCAGCCAUGCAAAACCAAGAAAUGGCCGCUUUGCUCCGGGAGCCGGACAACGGCGACAAGAUGACGCCUCGUCAAUGCCACCGUGAUGCUGUGGUGGUCUACACAGAUGGUUGCUGCUCAAAAAAUGGAUGUCAGGGUGCCCGGGCUGGCAUCGGGGUCUACUGGGGUCAGAACCAUCCAAUGAACGUUGCAGAGCGGCUCCAAGGAAGACAAACCAACCAGAGAGCAGAGAUACAGGCCGCCUGCAGAGCACUGGAACAGGCCAAAAAAAUGAACGUCAAGAAGUUGCUCCUCUAUACUGACAGCAAGUUCACCAUUAAUGGUGUGACCAAAUGGGUGAAGACCUGGAAGACCAAUGGCUGGAGGCUGACAUCAGGAGGUCCGGUCAUCAACCAAGAAGACUUUGUGAAGCUGGACGAGCUGAAUGCAGAGCUGGAGGUUGUUUGGAUGCACAUCCCAGGUCAUGCCGGAUACACAGGAAACGAGGCAGCUGACUGGCUGUCCAGACAAGGAGCAGCAAAGCCUUUACCUUAGAUCAGAAAGGGCAGACGGUCAUGUCGGCACCGUGUGAUGACACGCUGUAGACUCUUCUGGUAGAUUAUGGGUCUGACGCUCAGAUCAAGUUCAGAAGAAGCCUUUUUCUUUUUGACUCUGUUUAAGGGUUCUGUAUUCUAGUAUUGAAUGUAAUUGGUUUCUUUUCAGCAAACCCUCAAAUUUACUGUUGUAUUUCCUCUGAAAGGAGAUGUAUUUUAUUUUGUGGCGUAAUGCCGAAGGAGAGAACUUGUGUUCCAUGUACUUCGUAUUAAACAAAUCCAAAAUAGUUUCUUGAUUCAAAAAUUCACUGUACUUUUUCGUAAAAUGAAAAACUCUUAUUGACACUUAAUAUCUUAUUUCAAAGAUGUAUGUAUACAGUAUGGUUCUCUGCAAUACACAGAAAAAAACUACACCUCCCAUCUGGCUUAGUCAGCAUUGCUAUUAAGGAAUCAGCUGUACCUGCUUGGCAAAGACAACGUGAAGUGAAAAUCGCACCCCUCCCUUCGUUUUGUCCUGCCCUUACUAUAUCCUGUUUUACUUGGAAAUAUAUCACAUUACAGAAGUGAGAUACACUCUGAUGUUUUACUUGAACUACAGUGCCAUCGUGCACUGCUGCCUCACCACAAAAAGGUCCUGGGUUUUAUUCCUGCCUGGGGCGGGGUUGGCGCUGCGGGAGUUGUGUGUUCUCCCAAGGCCUGUCGGUGUGCAGUGGCUGUUUGUGUGUACUCUGCAUGUGCUAUCUCUCAACUAGGGGCCUUUCUAUGUGGAGUUUGCAUGUUCUCACCAUGCUGACAUGAGUUUCCUCCGACAUACGAAAAAGAACCCCAAUAAAAACGUGUUGAGCACUCUCCUGCCCCGUCCCUGACCACGACAUGGAUG